AUGUACAUUGUACAAGCUGAUCAUGAAUGGAGAUCUAUCGCAGAAGAAUACAAUAAACGAUGGAAUUUUCCUCACUGUGUCGGCGCCAUCGACGGCAAACACGUCUUAAUCCAGAAACCAGAAAACACAAUAAGCGAGUUUCAUAACUAUAAAGGAACAGACAGUAUUGUUCUAUUGGGAAUAGCGGAUGCUAACUACUGUUUUACGUAUGUCAACGUUGGAUGCCAAGGCCGUAUUUCAGAUGGAGGCGUAUUUAAAUAUACUUCGUUCUCUAAGAAACUCGAAAAAAAUGAACUUGGUUUACCGGAAUGUGAAGCACUGCCUGGUCGUAUGAUGAAACUUCCUUGUGUCUUAGUUGCCGAUGAUGCGUUCGCCUUAUCUGAAAAUAUUAUGAAACCAUACGCCACAGAUUUGAACAAAGGAUCCCCAAAAAGAGUAUUCAACUACAGGUUGUCCAGAGCGCGUCGUAUUAUAGAAAAUACUUUUGGGUUGCUUUCAGCGGUGUUUAGAAUAUUCCGCAAACCCAUAGAAUGUUUUGAUAACGAAGAUUCUAACACAGGAGAAAUUAUUCCAGGAUCAUGGAGGGAAAUAACCUCUGGUGACACUGGUUUAAGACAAUUUAGAUCAAUUCCACGAAAACCAGCGUCCAACGCAACAAAUAUCAGGGAAGAAUUUAAAUCAUACUUCAUGUCUGAAAUAGGAUCAUUACCAUUUCAGGACAAAUACUUGUAA